ACAUGACGGCACGAACCAGUAACUCGAGGGCAGCCCACAGCAGGACGUCCUGUUUGUUAAUUAGUGUUCAGAUGUGGUGACUGUGAGUGUAAGUGUGAGUGUGUGGCCCAAGAGACUGUCAUUAUUCCACAACUGCUCGGUGCAAGAGGACACACAAUGACAAAAGACAACACUUACGAGCUCGAGGAUCCAGGACGGAGAAAUGGUGUUGAAAACCACGCUUUUGACAAUGAGGAUAUAUAUGACAACACUUUACCCACGGUACAUGAAGAAAGCCAAAGCCAAAGAAGCCAAAGCCAGCCAAAGAAGAGAGGGAAAAACUUUAAGUCGUACGUGAGCAAGGUUUCCAAGCCUCUUAAUGCUACAGAGGAUUAUGUCAGGGCUCACUCGCAAACCUUCAAAUACGUAAUUCUAGGCAUUCUCGGAGCAGGUUAUGUGGCGUACUUCAUCGCAGCGUGUGUGUUGGACCUGAAGAGGGCGACGGCUCUAGUGGUGCUCACGUGUUUGGCGAUCGUCAUCAAGUCUCUAGGGCUCCUGUACGAGUACAAGGGCGACAGCAUCAAGAGCUGCUUUGAGCCUGUGGUCAGCUGCUUGAGCUCCUACUUCAAAUGGAUCAAAUGGGCCUUCAUCCUGCUGGUGGUGGUGCUGUUCGUGGUGUGGAUCGCCAUAGACACCAGCGAACGUCCCGAGCAGCUCAUCUCGUUGGGGGGAGUGUGUAUGUUUGUCAUCCUCAUUUUCCUCUGCUCGGCGCACAGGACGGCGGUGAAGUGGAGACCCGUGUUUUGGGGCUUGGGGUUGCAGUUCUGUAUUGGUCUGUUUGUCAUAAGAACGAAUCCGGGGAAUGUCGCAUUCAAAUGGCUCGGGGACCAAGUGAAGAUAUUCCUGGAUUACACCAAAGCGGGAUCGUCGUUUGUUUUUGGAGAUCUCAUAGCGAAUAUCUUUGCAUUUCAAGCUUUGCCCAUCAUCGUUUUCUUCAGCAGCGUCAUGUCCAUCCUGUACUUCCUGGGCAUCAUGCAGUGGGUCAUUCUAAAGAUCUCGUGGGUGAUGCAGGUGACCAUGGGGACCUCUCCCACUGAGACCCUGAGCGUUGCUGGAAACAUCUUCGUGGGACAGACUGAGGCCCCUCUGCUGAUCCGGCCCUAUUUGAAAGAUAUGACCAAGUCUGAGAUCCACUCUGUGAUGACCGGGGGGUUCGCCACCAUCGCAGGAAGUGUCAUGGGGGCGUUUAUUUCAUUUGGGAUUGACGCCUCCUCCCUGAUCUCGGCGUCUGUGAUGGCGGCUCCGUGUGCGCUGGCCAUCUCCAAACUGUCAUUUCCAGAAACAGAGGAGAGUGUUUUCAAAUCUGACAAGAACAUUAAAGUGGAUUGUGGAAAUGAGCAGAAUAUUCUGGAAGCCGCCAGCAGUGGAGCGUCCGCGUCCAUCGGUCUCUGUGCAAACAUCGCUGCCAAUCUCAUCGCCUUUUUGGCCAUUCUGGAGUUCAUAAACAAAUCUCUUCAGUGGCUCGGGGGGAUGGUCGGAUACCCCUCCCUCACAUUCGAGCUCAUCUGCUCCUAUCUCUUCAUGCCAAUUGCGUUCAUGAUGGGUAUUCCGUACAAAGAAAGCUUCGUGGUGGCGCAGCUGCUUGGCACGAAGCUCUUUCUCAAUGAGUUUGUGGCCUACGAGAAAUUAUCCGCUCUGAAAAUCAACCGGCUGAAUGGACUUGAUUACAUUAUCGACGGAAAGUUACAGUGGAUUUCGGUGCGAUCGGAAACAAUAACAACUUAUGCUCUGUGUGGAUUCGCAAACUUCAGUUCGUUGGGAAUCGUCAUCGGAGGCCUCUCGUCCAUCUGUCCAACCAGAAGAAGUGACAUCUCCAGUAUUGUGCUGAGAGCCAUGAUCACCGGAACGUGUGUGUCGAUGGUCAAUGCGUGUAUAGCAGGAAUCCUGUUUGUGCCUCCCACGGACUGUGUCAAUGUUUUUCAAAACAACCCGUUUCAUGCGAACAUCAGUGACGUUGACACCUGCUGUACAGACCUCUUUAAAAGCACUGUUAAUAACGGCACUCUGAUAUUCAGCGGCAUCUGGGAAAACAUCCAAAACUCCACCAUCUAUUUCUCAGAAUGCUGUAGGUGCUGUAGCCUUUCAUUUGAGGCGCUUUGUAAAUAGAAAUUUUGUGAUAAAAUACAGUAUAUUUAUGAUACAAGCUAAUAUAUGUACAUUUUAAGCACACCUAUCUGCAUUAUUCCAGAUGUUCUAUGUGUUUCUAUGUUUUAUUUUUGUUUUUGUCGAUUACACCGUGUACAGAAAGAGUAUUUUGUAAUGAAUUAACACUCCUGCUUUAAAGAAAUGUACUUUUAUUACAAAAACAUGUUCUUGUCACUCAUUCACAUUCAUGUACAAACGGGUGCAUUCACAUUUGCACACACACGAGCAAAAAAGUGAGACUAAACAGAGACUAGAAGAGGACCAAACCAAGUCUACACCGGGACCACAGACUGUAUAAAGAAGUGGACUAUAUGAAUGUUCGACUCCAGUCAAAUGAAGCUCAUCGGGGCAAGACUUUAUAAGCAAGAAGUUGGAGCUCCAAGUUCCAUAUUGUAAAAUACCAAAUAAUAUCCGAGUUUAACUUAACAGCCGGGUGCAGGGGUAUAUUUUGAUAAAUAACCGCUGGAUCCAAAUAAACACAGAGUUUGUAUAGAAAGUCGCUUAUGCCGACACCCCCAACA